ACUUUGAAAAUUUAAUUUCAUUAGACAUUUCAUUCGAUUUUGUUUUAUUUUGUGUCAAUCUGCUUAUUGAUUCUCGCUACCGGCUCGUGUCGUCAUAUCCUUACUUCGUACUUUAAAUAUCGUGCCAAUCACCAGUGACGAAUAUAAUUUUAGCGCGAAAUCUACUUUCCCUUUCCCGCGAAAUACGGCUCCGAUUGUCGGUUUUGCCUCUUUACGGCAGAACGUCACUUUCGGAAGAAAGAUUCUCAAGUGCUUUUGGCGAGCUUUUCACAUACUCGCUUAAUUUAUUCUUUAGUUUGUUUACUCGUAAUUGUUCGACAAUGGUAGCCAAGGGGAAGAUGUAUGUAAUUAAACGAAAUGGUCAAAAGGAAGAGGUACAUUUUGAUAAAAUUACGUCACGCAUUCAAAAGCUGUGUUAUGGCUUAGAUAUGGAAUAUGUUGAUCCUACUUCAAUUACAUUUCGAGUUAUCAAUGGUCUUUAUUCUGGAGUCACAACUGUGGAACUUGAUAACUUAGCUGCAGAAACUUCUGCAACAAUGACAACGAAACAUGCAGAUUAUGCCAUAUUAGCAGCAAGAAUAGCAGUUUCUAAUUUACAUAAAGAAACCAAAAAAGUGUUUAGCGAUGUAAUGUCUGAUUUAUACUUUAUGACCGAUCCUAUAUCCAAGGAACAUACUCCCAUGAUAACCGAAGAGUAUUAUAAUAUUAUACAAAAACACAAAGAUAAAAUUAAUUCUGCCAUUAUUUACGAUAGAGAUUUUGGUUAUAAUUAUUUUGGAUUUAAAACAUUGGAAAGAAGUUACUUAUUAAAAAUUAAUGGAAAAGUAGUUGAAAGGCCUCAGCAUAUGCUUAUGAGAGUUGCGGUUGCUAUCCACGGAGAAGAACUCGAAAAGGUGAUAGAAACGUAUAAUUAUACUUCAGAGCGAUACUUUACCCAUGCAUCGCCAACUCUUUUUUCUGCUUGUACUUUACGUCAACAAAUGUCAAGUUGCUUCCUUCUAACAAUGACUGAAGAUAGCAUUGAAGGAAUUUAUGAUACAUUAAAAAGAUGUGCAUUAGUUAGUAAAUCUGCAGGUGGCAUUGGUUUGAGUGUUCAUACUAUUAGAGCAAAAGGUACUAGAAUCGCUGGCACAAAUGGAAUAUCGAAUGGCUUAGUUCCUAUGAUAAGAGUUUAUAAUAAUACAGCGCGAUAUGUUGAUCAAGGUGGAAAUAAGAGACCUGGGGCAUUUGCCAUGUAUUUGGAACCGUGGCAUGCUGAUAUAUUUGAAUUUCUUGAUCUAAAGAAAAAUACAGGUAAAGAAGAAAAUAGAGCGAGAGAGUUAUUUUAUGCUUUGUGGAUCCCUGAUUUAUUUAUGGAAAGAGUUUUGAAUGAUGGAAUAUGGAGUUUAAUGUGCCCACACGAAUGUCCUAAUUUGCCUGAUGUUUGGGGACAGGAAUUUGAAAACCUUUAUGUAAAAUACGAGGAAGAGAAACGUUUUAAACGGCAAAUUAAUGCCAGAGAUUUAUGGACUGCAAUUUUAAAGUCGCAAGUUGAAACUGGUACUCCUUACAUGCUUUAUAAAGAUCAUUGUAACAGGAAGUCAAAUCAAAAGAAUCUUGGUACCAUCAGAAGUAGUAAUCUAUGUACCGAAGUUGUGCAAUAUUCUUCUCCAGAUGAAGUGGCGGUGUGUAAUUUAGCAUCUAUCGCUGUUAAUAUGUUUGUUAAUGUCAAUAAAAAAACGUAUGACUUUCAAAAAUUGAAAGAAGUUACCAAAGUUGUUACCCAAAAUUUAGAUAAGAUUAUUGAUCUUAAUUAUUAUCCAAUUAAAGAAGCUGAGAGAUCGAACUUCAGACAUCGUCCAAUUGGUAUUGGAAUUCAGGGAUUAGCUGAUGCAUUUUUGUUGAUGGGUUAUCCAUUUGAAAGCGAAGAAGCGCAGAAACUUAAUAUUCAAAUUUUUGAAACUUUGUAUUAUGGAGCUUUGGAGGCUAGUUGCGAAAUAGCCAAAGAGAAAGGAAAAUACUCAUCUUACGAAGGUUCACCAGUUAGCCAAGGAAUAUUACAAUACGAUAUGUGGAAUGUAAUUCCAACAGAUCUUUGGAAUUGGAGUGCUUUAAAAGAUAAAAUAGCAAAAGAUGGUAUCCGUAACUCAUUAUUACUUGCUCCAAUGCCAACAGCUUCUACAGCUCAAAUACUUGGGAAUAAUGAAUCUAUCGAACCUUACACGAGUAAUAUCUAUACAAGACGCGUUCUUUCGGGAGAAUUUCAGGUUGUUAAUCCUCAUUUAUUAAAAGAUUUGACCGAAAGAAAUAUUUGGGAUGAAGAAAUGAAAAAUGAAAUUAUCGCUAACAAUGGUUCCGUUCAGAAUAUAGAUCGUAUUCCGGAUGACUUAAAACAAUUAUACAAAACGGUAUGGGAAAUUUCUCAGAAAACAAUUUUGAAAAUGGCUGCUGAUCGAGGAGCAUUCAUUGAUCAAUCACAAUCUCUAAACGUACAUAUGGCUCAACCAACAGCCGAAAAGCUUACAUCGAUGCAUUUUUAUGGAUGGAAAACUGGUUUGAAAACUGGGAUGUAUUACCUAAGGACAAAGCCAGCUGCAAAUGCAUUGCAGUUCACUGUUGAUAAAUCCAAACUCAAAAAUAUAACUUCAUUAUCAAACGGUAAAUCAGGACAGAAUGGUAUUACAAGAGAAGAUGAAGAAGAAGAUCCUGUUCUCGUUUGUUCUCGGAGUGAGGGUUGCAUGAUGUGUAGCGCGUAAAGUUCUUCUACCUAAUGAAUGGAACGAUGUUCUUUUGUAAUUUUAUAAAUGUCAAUUAUAUUAUUAUUUUACAAUUUACUAAAAAAAAACUGCUCUACCAGUUUUUAACUAUUAUUCUAUAAGUUAUUGUAAUUCAUGCAUGCCAAAAAUAUGUAAUAUUGUAUUAUAUAGGUUAUUUAAUUAUGAAUACUUAUUUU